GUAAAUGUUCAGAGUUUAUGUCGUCAUAUUAAACAGACACAAUCGAUUAUUUACUAUACAAGAGUUUCUUUAAAAAAGUCACUUAUAAAUGUUUAGGCAGGAAUGUGUACCUGUUGAAAUACGAAUUGCCUUCAACUGUCCUUCAUAUAAUGAGGUGGAUGGGGAUAACGAGAACAAGACAAAAUGGACUCAAUUCAACCAAUUUAGUGAGAUGGGGGUGGUUACUUUUGAACCAGUACCAACAGAAUGCCAUCAGCAGCCUUCAACAAAAGAAAUAAAUCUUCUGACCAGACACCGAUAAAGACAUGUCAGAAAUCUCCAAGAAUAGGACACAUAGAGUCAAUGACGAAGUCAUCUGUUGAAAAGCAUUACGACAAACUAGAUGAGCUGGAAGAAGAAAACAGAAACAGAAGGAAGUCAACAUGAGCAACACUAAACUUGAUGUGAAAGCUGAGACAGGAGCACAUGUAAUUGCUCCUGUAAUCACUGGAAACAACUUUGCAGAAAAAGUGACCAUCAACUGCACGAUACAGCUUGGGCCACAAAAAUCCCAAGACACAGAGAAACUCACAGAAAAAGCUGCAGAGGACCAUAAAGCUGCUCUUCAUGAUUACGCAGAGAUCAGCCUCAGACUGAAGGAGAAAUUAAAACCGGAGUACCAACGGAUAUUGAUUGGUAAUUCACAGAAGGGUCGUCGGCAACACCUGAAUGAUAUAUACACUGAUCUAUAUGUGGUGGAGAACGAGACUGGAGGAAUAGAGAGUGAGCAUGAGGUGAGACAGAUUGAAUCGAGUCACAACCGAUUUGCCACUGACACACCAAUCAAAUGCAAUGACAUAUUCAAAGUCCAGAGUGAUACGGGUCAACAAAACAGAACAGUGUUGACAAUGGGAAUUGCAGGGGUGGGAAAGACUGUCUCUGUCAAUAAAUUCAUCCUUGACUGGGCUGAUGGAAAAGAAAAUCAGGAUAUAGUCUUCAUUUGUCCACUCCCAUUCCGUAGACUGAAUUUGAUUAAAGAAGAGUUCAGUCUCAUAGGACUGCUUAACAAAUACGUCUUUAGUGGUCGUGAAGAACUGCGCUUGCCCUCUCUUCCUGAAGGGGAUGGUAAAGUCAUGUUCAUCUUUGAUGGGCUGGAUGAAUGUCGCUUCCUUUUAAACUUUAAAGAGGGUGACAGAUUUACAGAUAUUAAUGCAAAAACAACAGUGAGUAACAUAAUAACAAGCCUGAUCAAGAGAAAUCUGGUUUCCUCUGCUCUCAUCUGGAUCACAUCCAGACCAGCAGCAGCCAGUCGGAUACCCAGAGACUACAUUGAUCAGGUGACAGAGGUGCGAGGAUUUAACGAUGAGCAGAAAGAGCAAUACUUCAACAAAAACAGCAGUGCUGAGGUUGCUGGAAACAUCAUCCGUCACAUCAGGAAAUUCAGGAGUCUGUACAUCAUGUGCCACAUCCCCGUCUUCUGCUGGAUAUCUCUUACUGUUCUUCGGCCUCUGCUGGCUCAAGAGAGCAAUGACAAAACUCCCACUACUCUCACAGGGAUGUACACAAACUUUGUGCUUUCUCAGAUGCAGCAGAUGAAAAAAAAAUACAGUGAUGAUCCUGAAUCUAAGGCCAAUGAGAUUAUUAUGAAGCUUGGGAAACUGGCCUUUCAUCAGUUGAUGAAAGGAAAUCUGAUUUUCUACAAAGUAGAUCUUGAGGAAUGUGGAUUAGAUGUCAGUGAAGGGUCAGUGUUCUCUGGGUUAUGCACUGAGAUCUUUCAGGAAGAAAAAGCUGUUUCAGAAAGAAGUAUUUAUAGCUUCGUACAUCUUAGUGUCCAGGAAUUCCUUGCUGCUCUGUAUUCAACUUUGAUUGACAAAAAGGAGAAAGAAAACCUCUUUUUUCAAUCCUGGAUAGAAAAACUGACAUGGAAACUCUCUAAAAAGCCACUGUUUCAAAUUCAUAAGGCUGCAGUCAAGAAGGCUUUAAAAAGUGAGAAUGGACAUCUAGACCUUUUCCUUCGGUUCCUGCUGGGUCUCUCAAUGGAGUUCAAUCAGAGUGACAUAAAGGAACUACUACCAGGACUAGAGCUCAAAUCAGAGAACAUGGAAUACUCUGCUGACUAUAUCAAAAAGAAAAUAGAGAAGGAGAAAUCAGUGGAAAGAACCAUUAAUCUCUUCUACUGUCUGACUGAAAUGAAAGUUGACUCUGUUGAGGAAAUACAAAAGAAUCUGAGAUCAGGAGACCUUUCAGCACAGGAUCUCUCCUCUGUUCAGUGGUCUGGUCUGGUUUUUGUGCUCCUGAUGUCAGAAGAGGCUCAAGAGAAAUUUGAACUGCAGAAAUACAGAAGAUUUGAUGAAGCAGUGAUGAGACUGCUGCCUGUGAUCAAAAACACCAGAAAAGCACUGCUACAUAACUGUAAUCUUACUACUCAUUGUUGUAAGAGUUUGUCUUCAGUUCUAAAUUCCUCAGUCUCUGUCCUGAGAGAGCUGGACCUGACCAACAAUGACCUGAAGGAUUCUGGAGUGAAGCUUCUUUCUGAUGGACUGAAGAGCCCAAACUGUCAGCUGGAGAUUCUGAGAUUGUCUGGCUGUUUGGUGACAGAGGAAGGCUGUGGUUAUCUGUCUUCAGCUCUGAGUUCAAAUCCCUCACACCUGAGAGAGCUGGAUCUGAGCUACAAUCACCCAGGAGAUUCAGGAGUCAAGCUGCUCUCUGAAAAACUGGAGGAUCCAAACUACUCGCUGAACAAACUCAAUGUGGAUCAUAGAGGAGAGUCCAUGAUUAUAGCUGGACUACAGAAAUAUGCCUGUUUUCUCACACUGGAUCCAAACACAGCACACACUGACCUCGUUCUCUCUGAGGAGGACAGAAAUGUGACAAAUAUGAGAGAGAAACAGUCGUAUCUUGAUCAUCCAGACAGAUUUGAUCAUGUGUGUCAGGUGUUGUGUAGAGAGAGUGUGUGUGGACGCUGUUACUGGGAGAUUGAGUGGACUGGACGAGAUGGUGCGCGUGUAUCAGUUUCAUAUAAGAGCAUCAACAGGAAGGGACAGGGUAUUCAGUCUGAUUUUGGAUCUAAUGAUCAGUCCUGGAGUUUAGCCUGCUCUCCUAACAGAUACUUAUUCAGACACAAUGACAAAUAUAUUGAUCUCCCUCUAGAGUCCAUCAGCGGCAGUAGAAUAGGUGUGUAUGUGGAUCAGGGCGCAGGAUCUCUGUCCUUCUACAGCGUCUCUGACACAACAAACCUCAUCCACACAGUCCAGACCACAUUCACUCAGCCGCUCUAUCCUGGGUUUACUGUUCAUUUUAAAUCAUCAGUGAAACUGUGUUGAUGAAUCAGAAUACACUGAUGAUAGAUUCUACCCAUAAUGCUUUGAGCUGCAUGAUAAAUCAGUAACAGUGAAAUGUUAUAAAGUCUCUUCAUUACAUUAAUACUGCAACUGAAAUUCUGUCACUGAAAUAACAUGUCUGAAUAAAUGUCUGUAAUAAAUCCUCAUAUAGACAGAUCAGUGUGUGUGUGUGAUUGUUUGUUUUUAUUACAUUCCUCAGAAUGAUAGCACACCCUCAUAGUGGGGACCAAAAACAUAGCAAUGUUUUGCUUUUAAUAGACUCAGGAGGCACUGCUGAUAUGCUGUCAGUCCUCUGUUGUGUGUGUCAUGUGUUCCCGCUUCUUGUUUCUUUAUUUGGUCAUGUUCCUGUCCUUGUUUAGUGUGAUUAUUAGUUAAGUGUUGUCCAGCUGUGUUUUAGUCAUUAUCAGUAAUUGUCAUGUGUAUUUAGUUCCUGCCUGUUUAGUUAGUUUUUGUCUGGUCUACUCGUUAUUUCCCGGUGUUCCUGUCUGUGUCAACCUUGCCUUGUCUUGCCCUGCCCUGAUGUCAUGA